UUCCUCCAAAAAAAGAUUUGUUUCCCUUGUUUUUUCCUGACAAUCGGUGAUUUUUUCUGACAGUUUCAUUUGUCCAUCUGAGAACGAACAUUUGUCCAAUUUGAAAUGGGUAACUAUGUAUCUUGCACACUACUAGGACCGGUUGGUAACAAGCAAUCCAGAGCAAUGAAGGUAAUUUUCCCAAAUGGUGAAAUUCGAAACGUAUAUCAACAAGUCAAAGCAGCAGAGCUCAUGCUGGAAACACCUAAUUUCUUCAUCGUUAACUCGAGGUCUCUCCAUAUUGGAAGGAGAUUUUCUGCACUAAAUGCUGACGAGGAUCUUGAAAUGGCAAAUGUGUACGUAAUGUUCCACAUGAAAAGAUUGAAUUCUUUGGUUACAGCAGCAGAUUUAGGAGCAUUGUUCCUCACUGCUAAUUCUGUUUCCAGAAGGGUGUCUUUUAAAAGAGUCAAAAUCUUGCCAGAAUGCAUAGAGGAGACAAAGCCAAAAAUAUAUGAGAAAAUUCAUCUGCCAAAGUUGAAAUUGGAAGAUAUUGAAGAGUUUUCUACACCAGAGUUCAAGAAUAUGUUGUCAAUGUGCAGGUCAAAGAAGCCAUUGCUUGAAACUAUAGCUGAGGAACCAGCUGCGUGUUCAUCAAGAUGAAGAGUUUGAUGAGUUGUUCUUAUCUAUGUUGCUCGGAGUCCCUACAAAAAUACCGUCGAUAUCGUGUUCGAUUCUCCAAAAAUACACUUACUCUUGAAGAUUCCGAACAACAUAGGUUAUUAUCCGUAUUUCAUUCAUUCAAGUGCUCUUUGAAUUUUUAGCGGGGCGGGGGGGGGGGGGUUGGGGGUGGUGGGAUAUAGGAUAUAGGUUUUUUUGUUUGUGAUUGACUAUACUCGUGGAUGCAAGGAGAAGAUGUAUAAGAAACAACUCUGUUUCUUUUUUUCUUCACAAACAAAUUCUUUUGGGAUAUUUGUGAUAUUGAUAUGUAAAAAAAAUAAAAAAUAAAAAUUGAUUGUUCUUGUGAUAUAUAAUUAAUUGAAAUAUGCACUUUUAAUCUUUCUGCAA